CCUUGGCUGAGGCAGUGUUGGGCUCCUCGGCUGGAGGAGACGCUGCGCUCAGGACACGCGUGAUGCGCUCCGGAUGAAUGGAGGUGAGCUGAGACACGUUGCAGUGUUUUCACCACAGGGAGCAAUCUGAUCGAUCCUCUCACACUUUGUUGAGCGCACACACGUGAAUGUAAUCCGCUCAGAGCAUUUACGCGUUGGAGAGACGGAUUUUUCACGCCUCGGUUCACGUGCUCGUGUUCAAACUUUAACGUUGAGGUUGAGAUGGAUACAGAAGACGGACACUUCACCUGACCGCAUCAACAUGUAGCAUGGGUCUAUUUUUACCCUCCCUAUAAAGGCAUGAUGUCUUCAGGGAAGAUCUGGUGAGACAGAUAAUGAUUCAUACUCGUCGUGAGAACAGUCCCCUGUCUUUAUCAUGAACGAUAAACCCAAUAAACUGUUGUUCAUCCCGGUCUUGGCUGUGCUUUUCGUGAUGAUUGGCUAUCAGUACAUCUGUCCAGCAGGCAGCCAGUCGUGCCAUUUGCGGAACGGCGGCGAUCCGAGAGCGCGACACGCGGCUGUAACGGACGAGGCGCCGCACGUGGAGCGCGAACUGGCGCAAGACGCAGCGUCCAAGUGCAACUUCAGCGAGCGCGAGCUGGCGCGCCGCGUCGACUUCGACAUGAAGGGUGACGACGUGCUUGUGUUCCUGCACAUCCAGAAGACCGGCGGCACCACAUUCGGGCGGCACUUAGUGCGCAACAUGCGCCUGGAGCGGCCGUGCGACUGCCAGACGGGCCAGAAGAAGUGCGCGUGCCGGCGUCCGGGACGUGACGAGUCGUGGCUCUUUUCACGUUUCUCCACGGGCUGGAGCUGCGGCCUGCACGCUGACUGGACCGAGCUCACUAACUGUGUGCCAGCCGUUAUGGACAAGAAGCGCGCUCCGAAGCGGAAAAAGAACUUCUAUUACAUCACCAUGCUGCGGGACCCGGUGUCACGCUAUCUGAGUGAAUGGAAGCAUGUGCAGCGUGGCGCCACUUGGAAAACGUCUCUCCAUAUGUGUGAUGGACGCGCGCCUACCCAGGCCGAGCUACCUUCGUGUUACAGUGGUGAUGACUGGUCAGGUGUGACACUGGGAGAAUUUAUGGCAUGCCCACACAACCUGGCUAACAACCGGCAGGUCCGCAUGCUGGCUGACCUGAGCCUGGUCGGCUGCUACAAUCUCUCGUCCAUGGGUGAGCGCGAACGAGGUGCAAUCUUGCUCGCCAGCGCCAUGAGCAAUCUGAAAAACAUGGCUUUCUACGGACUGACCGAGUUCCAGCGUAAAACACAGUACCUGUUUGAGCGUACUUUUCGGCUGCACUUUAUCGCGGCAUUUACGCAGCUCAAUAGCACACGCGCUGCUGGCGUGGAAUUGCGGCAAGACGUUAGGCAGCGAAUCGAACGCCUCAACUUCCUGGAUGUUCAACUCUACAGGUUUGCCAAGGAACUAUUCCUGCAGAGAGUGCAGUUUGCACGCCAACAGGAGAGGCAGGAGCGGCGUUGGCAACAUGACCAGAGUAAAAGGCAGUGGGAAGAAAAGCCUGCCACCACAGAGGACUACACCAGCCAGGUGGCACGCUGGUGAUGCUCACAAAAAAAGGCACACUGAGCCAAGUUGUACAUGGGGUGGCCAUCUUCUCAUCUCUUAUUCAUUCUUCUCUCUUCUUUUUGUGUUUGAGAUGCAGUUCCAGUCAGCACACUGAGACACGAUUCCUUAAACACGCACACGACUAAUAUCUGAAACGCAACAUCGGUAGCUUAAAAUAUGGCUACGGAAUUUUUCUGCCAUUAAAAUUUUCCUAAACACAGACUGGCAUCUCAAAUGACCACACAAACACACGUUUUGUAUUCUGUUUCACUGAAGCACAGUGGAAGACCAUCUGCCCCGGCGGUGUCUUUGUAUGUGGCUUUAUGUGAAGGCGUCUUUGAACACGAGUCUAGAUUUCCAUUCAGAAGUGAUCAGUCAUCACACACACUAAGGACACUCACCAUUU